AAGAGAGGAAAAGCAAAAAAGAGAGAUAUAUAUGUUAAAAUAGAGAGAACACAAAGGAAUUGUGGAUCGAUUUGAAGUGUGAGAAAAGAGAAAAAAGGAAAAGAAAGAAAAAGAAAGAGAGAAAAAAAAAAAAUGGGGAGAGGUAGGGUUGAGUUGAAGAGGAUAGAGAACAAGAUCAACAGGCAAGUAACGUUUGCAAAGAGAAGAAAUGGUCUGUUGAAGAAAGCUUAUGAACUUUCCGUUCUUUGCGAUGCGGAGGUUGCUCUCAUCAUCUUCUCUAAUAGAGGAAAGCUGUACGAGUUUUGCAGUAGUUCAAGCAUGCUCAAAACACUUGAGAGGUACCAGAAGUGCAAUUAUGGAGCACCGGAGACUAAUGUGUCCACAAGAGAAGCACUGGAGCUAAGUAGUCAGCAGGAAUACUUGAAGCUGAAAGCACGUUAUGAAGCCCUACAAAGAUCCCAAAAGAAUCUUCUUGGGGAAGAUCUUGGUCCUUUAAGCAGCAAGGAGCUUGAGUCACUAGAAAGGCAGCUCGAUAUGUCACUGAAACAAAUAAGAUCGACGCGGACCCAGUACAUGCUGGAUCAGCUCACUGACCUCCAACGUAGAGAACACAUGCUCAAUGAAGCUAAUAAAACGUUGAAACAAAGGUUAGUGGAGGGUUACCAAGUUAGUUCACUCCAACUGAAUCCAAAUGCAGAAGAUGUUGGGUAUGGCAGACAAGCAGCUCCAGUACCUCAGCCUGAUCCUUUCUUUCAUCCCUUAGACUGUGAGCCUACAUUACAAAUCGGAUAUCAACCAGAUCCAAUAUCAGUGGUGACUGCAGGGCCAAGUGUGAAUAAUUACAUGCCAGGUUGGUUGCCAUGAUAAUAACAAUUAUCAGCCAUGGUAUGCGAUAUUUCCUUUUUAAGAGAAAUAUCAGAAAAUUUUAUAUCUUUGUACGUUAGUAUUAAUUAAUAUUUAACAGCGAGAAAAAGAAAAACAAUGUAUGUAAUGCUCUCAAUUACCUCAUGACUCUGCAUCGUAAGUAUCUUGGAGACAGUAUAAGUAAUUUGUUUGUGUGUCUGCGUGCUCAAGCACCGCCCCUCUUCUUAUUA